GUCGUCACGUUGAAUGAAAACGCGAAAGGUGUGUGCUCAUCGGCUGACUCAAAUCAGCUCAAAGUGCCAAAGAAAGUUGAAUAAAAUACGGUACCUUUUACAAAGUCUCCAUUUAGUUCACAACAUAUUCUGAUCAAAGCAACGUGUAUGGUCUUUAUUCUUAUCGUUUCAUGAAGAGUAACAAGUGACGAAAAUAAAAAUGUCCGAUCACUUUGGGACUAUUACCUUAAAAUGGGAUCCCAAAAACUUGGAGAUCCGCACCAUGUCAGUGGAGAAAACCCUGGAGCCACUUGUGCUGCAAGUGACAACGCUGGUCAAUACAAAAGGACCCAGUAAGAAAAAGAAAGGCAAAUCAAAGAGAGCUAGUGCUCUUGUUGCAGCUGUAGAGAAAGCCACUGCAAAUUUCAUCGAGAAAGGAGAACAAAUUGCUUAUGAGAAUCCUGAUAUCACAGCUGAGAUGCUUAGUGCAGUUGAUGAAGUGAGAAAGACAGGCUCUGCUAUGAGUAUUGCAGCUAGAGAAUUCUCAGAGGAUCCAUGCUCAUCUCUUAAAAGAGGAGCAAUGGUUCGUGCAGCCCGAAAUCUCCUUUCAGCUGUCACUAGACUGCUUAUCUUAGCAGACAUGGUUGAUGUUCAUUUGUUGCUGAAAUCUUUGCAUGUUGUUGAGGAUGAUUUGAAGAAACUGAAAAAUGCUUCCUCACAAGGAGAAUUAUUGGAAAAUAUUAAGCAAUUUGGUAGAAAUGCCUCAGAGCUCAUGAAUCAGGCAGCUAAACGUCAGCAAGAGUUGAAAGAUCCUCAACUACGUGAUGACUUAGCAGCUGCACGUGCUGUCCUGAAAAAACAUUCAACCAUGCUGCUGACUGCUUCUAAAGUCUAUGUUCGGCAUCCUGAAUUGGCUGCUGCCAAAGCUAAUCGCGAUUAUGUAUUGAAACAGGUCUGUGAAGCGGUGAACACGAUAAACGACGUUGCUCAAGGCAAAACACCAUCGGAGAGUCAACAUCCAUACGACGGUCCUGGAGAAUUAGCUGCAGCUCUCGACGAUUUCGAUGCUCGUAUGAACAUGUCGCCUCUCGCUUACAACGAAGUUCGUACACGACCAAGCCUUGAGGAAAGACUUGAGAGUAUUAUUAGUGGAGCUGCUCUUAUGGCUGAUUCAUCAUGCACUAGGGAUGAAAGACGCGAAAGAAUUGUUGCCGAAUGCAAUGCCGUUAGACAAGCUCUUCAGGAUCUACUCAGCGAGUACAUGAAUAAUAUGGGUGUAUCGGAACAAUCGGAGGGUCUUGAACGUGCCAUUGACCACAUGUGCAGAAAGACGCGUGAUCUACGUCGUCAACUGCGUAAAGCUGUUGUUGAUCAUGUAUCCGACAGUUUUCUCGAGACCAGUGUACCUUUGUUAGUACUGAUCGAAGCUGCUCGUAAUGGCAGAGAUAAGGAAGUCGAAGAAUAUGCCCUCGUCUUCACCGAGCAUGCCAACAAAUUAGUCGAGGUUGCUAAUCUGGUCUGUAGUAUGUCGAAUAAUGAGGACGGCGUGAAGAUGGUGCGUUAUGCUGCCGCUCAAAUCGAAAACCUUUGCCCGCAAGUGAUCAACGCAGCUCGAGUGUUGGCAGCGCGCUCUCGCUCAAAAGUAGCACAAGAUAAUAUGGAGGUAUUCCGUCAAGCUUGGGAAAAUCAAGUUCGAGUGCUGACCGAAGCCGUGGACGAUAUUACCACAAUCGACGACUUCCUCGCUGUGUCUGAGAAUCACAUCCUCGAAGAUGUUAACAAGUGUGUCCUUGCUCUUCAAGAAGGUGACGCUGAUACAUUGGAUAGAACGGCUGGAGCAAUACGAGGUCGAUCAGCUAGGGUAUGCAACGUCGUUCAGGCAGAAAUGGACAAUUAUGAGCCGUGCAUCUACACCAAGAGAGUGCUCGAAGCUGUUAAGGUAUUAAGGGAACAAGUUAUGCCCAAGUUUGCUCAAAGAGUCGAAGUGGCAGUCGAUGCUUUGGGGAGCACUCCACCUAAGGAUGUUGAUGAAAAUGACUUCAUUGAUGCAUCUAGACUUGUGUACGAUGGCGUUCGGGAAAUUAGACGCGCUGUUCUAAUGAACAGGGCCGACGAAGACUUAGAUCCAGAAGAUGUGGAAUUAGACGAACAUUAUACUUUAGAAACUCGCAGCAAAUCAAGUGCUCAGACUGGUGAACAUGGAGUUGACGAGUAUCCAGAAAUAAGCGGUAUAACCACAGCUCGCGAAGCUAUGCGUAAAAUGACUGAAGAAGACAAGCAGAAAAUCUUGCAGCAAGUGGAACAUUUCAAGAGCGAGAAGCUUAAGUUCGAUCGAGAGGUAGCCAAAUGGGACGAUGCUGGCAAUGACAUUAUUGUACUUGCCAAGCAUAUGUGCAUGAUCAUGAUGGAAAUGACAGACUUCACUCGUGGCCGUGGUCCUUUGAAAACUACCAUGGAUGUUAUCAAUGCCGCCAAGAAAAUCUCCGAGUAUGGAACAAAACUUGACAAACUUACCAGGCAAAUAGCCGACCAAUGUCCAGAGAGCUCUACCAAGAAGGAUCUACUCGCUUAUUUGCAGAGAAUCGCUCUGUACUGUCAUCAGAUGAACAUCACCAGUAAGGUGAAAGCCGAUGUACAGAAUAUCAGCGGUGAACUGAUCGUCUCAGGACUCGAUAGCGCUACUUCACUUAUUCAAGCUGCGAAGAAUCUUAUGAAUGCUGUGGUGCUCACCGUCAAGGCUUCUUACGUUGCCAGCACUAAAUAUCCUAGGCAAUCCACUGUUACGUCCCCGAUUGUCGUAUGGAAGAUGAAAGCUCCAGAGAAGAAACCACUUGUGCGCCCCGAGCGACCGGAGGAAGUACGCGCCAAAGUUCGUAAAGGAUCGCAAAAGAAAAUACAAAAUCCCAUUCAUGCACUAUCAGAGUUUCAAAGUCCUACUGAAAGUGUUUAACCUUUAAAAAUCAUACUUUGAUAAAUUCCAAAACGGUCGUACCGGGGCAAAUUUUCCCUGAUGACUGAACAGUUCUCACGCGAAUAGUGCGCGCUUUGGACUGCUGAAAAAAUUCAUGUAUCAAUUUCAAGUAUUUCAGCACCUAUCUAAAUGAUUUUCAAUAGCCUCUUUUAUCAUAGUUAUUGUAAAAAAAUUACUAAAGAAAUUCAAAAUUCAAAAAUAAUAGAAAAUCAUAAAUUUUUUAAUUUUCAAUAUUUUUACGUAAAAAUUUAGGUACGUAUGUCUGAAAUAUUAACCUUUGAAGAAAAAUAUUUUUACGAUGUAUGUUUUAAAAAUACUAUUUAUUUUGAAGUAUAGUUAGAUUUUUAUAGAUAAAAUCGUCAUGCAAAUCGUUUGGAAAACCCGAUUCAUUAAGUCAUUUAGAAAAAAUAUUUACUUACUCAGUUUCAAAGCUUUUGCGAUUAAAAUAGGUAAAUAUUAUCGCCACACGAAGUUGAAAGAUCACACAGGUGGUCAUAUGAGCUCACUCUUUCAAGCAUCUACUUUAAAUGAACAAUAUGCACCGACUGACGCUAUCGAGUUAAUAGUAGACAGUUGUUGCGUUAGUGGAUAUCCUUAAUUAAAGAUGGUAUUACUUUGGCCAUUUUCAAAUGUUUCAAUAUCUAAAAUCGUAUUUUAAAGAAAACUGGGGACAAGUUGCCCCCGUAUGACCUUUAACGGUUAAACUUUUGCCAAUGGGGAAUAAUUUUAUUUUAUAUUUAAAAACCAUGAAUGUAGUAAAGUACUAAUAAUUGCACAAUCCAUCGAUGUUUCUUCUCAGAUUCGUGAGAUUUUAAUGCUGUACGCUGUCGGUUGUUUUUACAAUUAUGUACGCUAUACACAUUUUUAUCUUAGAUGAGAUUAGGACACGAACAAGAUACUUUUUACUUAUUCAUUCAUUUUCUGUGUACUUUCACUUGAGAGGUAUUUUACUAAAAAUAUCUCGAAACCUAUCUAUUUUUUUUCUUUAGUAUUUAUAUGAACUACGAUAAUUGUAAUUUUUAUCUAAAGUUUUGUAUAUCGGAAUGACUCGACUUGAAAACGCUUUCUUUGUAAUAUUUUCAUCUUUAGAAUGAACACUUCUAAACGAUACUGAUUACAAGCGUUUUGAAAACGACAAUAAUCCAAAUUCAUUGUCUGCUGUUGAAUACUGUAGACUCUAUAUUACAAGAUUGAAAGUAUUUCGAAAAAUAGCUAGUUAGUCGAGUAUUCGUUACAAAUGAAUUUGUAUCCAUCAAUCAUUACGAAACUACUGACAUUUUUCAAAACUUCCUAAGCCCGCGUCGAUAUUUUGUCAAGAGAUUGAUGUGAUUAUUAAAAUAUGGCUAACUUCAAUUUUGUACGUAUAUUAUUAUAAGCCUUUCAUAUUUUAAAAUGACGAAAUGUCUACUGCCCUUAGUAUAAGAAAGCAAGGUAGAGAAUGUAAGGCAGUAUUGGAUAAUUUUUUUCUUUGUACAACAAACUGCCAAUCGAGAGAAUAUUGAUCACUGAGCUGAUUGUAUAUACGUGGAUACAUAUUUCACACAUAAUUGAAUGUUCUUUUCGGAUAUCUUUUGACCUUUUUGUCAUGAGAUAAUGGACAGCAAAAUUCAUACGAGUAUUUAUAAGCAUCUUACAUACUCGCUGCAAUAUAUUUUUUAAUUACAGGGUUAAUUAUCUGAAUAAGUAGAUGAGAAAUAUUGUAUCAACUUACGAAUUAUUUCAUAUUAUCGAUAAUCUCGCACCAAAAUAGUUAAAAACGUGAAUUACUUUAUUUUUAUGUAGAAUCAGGAAGUAUUGAAAUAAUUAGUUAUUUAAUUUUUUUUCUCUUGAAGCACAUUAUAUAUUUUUUUAAAUUAUAAUUGGCAUGUUUGAACGAGAAGAUAUGUUUUCUGAAGCAUUUUUAUCGAGAUUUAUUUAUUAAUCAAGUCAUUGUAUUCUUUAGUCUUUUAUUUUAGGAAGAAAAUUUAAAUCUAUUAGUUAUCAUUUCAAGAAUUUAUCUAGAGUACUCAAUCUUUUAAUCUUUAUUUUUUAGGUUUAUUUUUGUAAGUCAACUCACUUUCUGCUGUAGUAAAUUAUGAAUGAAUCGAGAAUUUUAAAUAAUAAUGUGGUAAUCAUUUUGUAUGGCAUAUUAGUAUAAUAAAGUGAAUACAAAAUAUACUUGACGACGCAACCUGUAGAAUUUACGGAAUUUUAUAAUUAAAUUUUACAAUAAAAUCAUCACAAAUAUAUAGAGGAAAUAAUAAAAAAAAUUUGUAAUCAAUGUAAUUUUCCCUUCCUGUCUCAUUGACUGUCGGAAGUAGAGUUAUAAAAGUAGAUUUCGCAUAUCACAAUGACAUGUUAUAAGACAUGUUAUACAUCUUUAAAAAAUAAUUACCGUUUUAUUCUUUACUACUUGAAACAGUAUUGCUGAUGCGCCGUUAGGAUAAAAUGAUUUUGACUGUAUUGAAAAAAAAAAAUAAAUAAACAAAUGUGAUUAAAUGUAAAUGGAUUUUUCACAAUUGCAAAAGGAAAACAAGCAAUUAGAAAUAUACUGGAGUCAAGCAUUAUGUAUUUCAAAUUGUGCAUCAAUUGUGUGUAAUUCAUUUUUGCAAGAAGCAAUCAUGUGCAAAUUUUUUAAUAAAACCAAGAAAUAUUAUUCUUGUAACAUUUUAUGUGAGAUGGAAUUAUUUUGCGUAUGGAAGAGGAGAUUACUUGUUUAAGUAUAUAUUAUACUUGUUCUGAAUAUAUUUUGCAGUUUCAAUAAUAAACUCAUCUAUCACGAAUAGAUGCCAGAAACAGUGUAUAAUUCCCAACGGGAAAUUUGAAAAAAAAGUAUUACAGAUGACAAUGCAAGGUUUUAAAUGUGUUAUAUGUAUAAUCUGCUGUAAACUGCAUGCAUACACAUUGAGAAACGAUCAAUAA